AUGGAAGAAGCAGUGCAAAUGGUGCAUCGACAGGAUGUUGUCGCUAAAGAGAUGAAAAAAAUGCGCCCAAAGAAACACAACUGUCCACAUUGCAGUAUGGCAUUCAGUAACGGCGGCCAGCUUACCGGACAUAUUCGUAUACACACUGGUGAAAGACCGUUCAAGUGUGACGUCGAAUCCUGCGGGAAACGGUUCACCAGAAAUGAGGAAUUGACGCGACACAAACGUAUUCACACUGGCGUUCGGCCUUACUCUUGUGUCUUUUGCAAAAAACGAUUUGGACGCAAGGAUCAUCUCAAGAAGCACAUGAGAACUCAUGAGGUACGCGACUCGUAUCGCGUUUCGACAGCGGCAUUAGGCAUGAUCGCUUCUCUAAGUUAUCCAUUUCAACAAUCUACCGAACUUUCGCCAUACCUUUAUCAAAUCUGA